AUGUCAACCAACUCACGCCUCGCAGCACUAGAGGCUCUCGCCCGCGAGAAUGAGAAGAAGAUUGAAGAACUAGGGCACACAAAUUGGCUGCUCAACAAUCACAAUGUCCAAACGCAGAAUGAAAUCUCCAAGUUUGAGAAGGACUUCAGCAAGGAAUACCCUAACUUUGACGUAUAA